AUGAACUGGACUGCCUUUAGGUGGCCAGGCUACAGUGGCAAGUCGGUGGGGAGCUAUGAGCUAGGGCCAUUUGCGUCCGGCUCGACUCCUCCAGUAGUUGCACCGGCAGACUUUCUCACUUAUGGCUAUGGUAGCUGCACUGCAUGGGCCAAAUUCUUAGCAAAUGCUCUUCGUUCUGUUGGCGUUCCUGCCCGAGAAGUUGGCUCGCCUUGCUGGAAUACCGGCAUUUUUGCAGGCCAGGCCUGA